ACGUACGCGACGGCGCAAAACACACCAUUAUAACACCAUCUUCCAAAGAGGGAGUGAGGUACACUAUGCGAGCUUUCAGCUCGUUGCUCUUCCUGGCCGUUCUCCCGGCCGCACUUGCAGUGAAACAGCAGGACUUCAAGACAUGUUCUCAAGCUGCGUUCUGCCGGCGAGGACGGGCUUUGUCGCGAGGGCGCAAGAGCCCGUCGUGGAGGUCUCCGUACUCUUUUCUCCGAGCAAGCUCGCUCGUGGCGGCGGUGAAGUCGUCGCUGUAUCCCGAUGUCAAGUUCUCACUAGACGUGCGCGUUCACGAUGACGGUGUCGUGCGCGUGCGCAUGGACGAGGUCGAUGGUCUGAGGAAGCGGUACGACGAGGCGUCGUCGUGGGCCCUCGUCGCCGAGCCUACUAUCAGCCCCGACGUCAAGUGGUCUGUGGGCAAAAAGGACGUUCGCGCGACGUACGUCACAAAGAAGGACAUCGAGGUCGUGGUAUCUUACGACCCGCUCACGGUGACGUUGUUCCGGGCUGGGAAGCCGCAGGUCGUGCUCAAUGGCCGUGGUCUCCUGCACUUGGAACACUUCCGGACGAAGGCGGCAGGGCGAGAAGAGGACGGCUUCUGGGAGGAGAAGUUUGGCUCUUGGACGGAUUCCAAGCCGAAGGGUGCGCCCGAGUCCCUUUCCAUUGACAUCAACUUCCCCAAUCACGGACACGUCUACGGUAUCCCUCAGCACGCGACGAGGCUUGACCUGCCGACUACGACUGGCGAGGACGCGCACUUCUCUGAACCCUACCGGCUGUACAACGCAGACGUGUUCGAGUACCUCCCGGACUCGCCCAUGUCGCUGUACGGCUCAAUCCCCCUCAUGCACGCACACUCCGCGGAGGGUACUGUUGCGAUCUUCAACGCAGUGGCCUCCGAGACGUGGAUCGACGUUGGCCGGCCGUCCGCAACCUCGACUGAGACGCACUGGAUCUCCGAGUCCGGCAUCCUGGACGUAUUCAUCAUGCCUGGGCCGACGCCCGCAGAUGUGUUCGCUCAGUACACUCGAUUGACGGGCACGCCCGCGCUCCCUGCUCACUGGGCGCUUGCAUACCACCAGUGCCGGUGGAACUACAUCAGUUCUGACGAUGUGCGCGAUGUGCAGAGGCGAUUCGAUGCGGAAGAUAUGCCGGUCGACGUGUUCUGGCUAGAUAUCGAGUAUGCUGAGGAACACAAGUACUUCAUCUGGGACAAGAAGACCUUCCCGGACCCAGUGGACAUGACGCAUGACGUCGAAGCGAUCGGUCGCAAGAUGGUCGUCAUCAUUGACCCGCAUCUGAAGCGCACGGACGACUACCCUGUCUACAAAGAGGCGAAGGAGCUCGGUGUCCUCGUCAAGACACCGGGCGGCGAGAACAACUACGAGGGCUGGUGCUGGAGUGGCAGUAGUGCCUGGAUCGACUUCUUCAACCCCAACUCUUGGGACUGGUGGACGUCUCUGUUCAAGAUUGAACCGGGUGAGAAAUGGUCGUGGACCGAGAGCACCAUAGAUACAUACGUCUGGAACGACAUGAACGAGCCAGCGAUCUUUAAUGGUCCCGAAAUCAGCAUGCCUCGCGACAACAUUCACCACGGUGGUUGGGAGCACCGUGACAUUCAUAACAUUAACGGGAUGUUACUGCACAACCUCACAGCGCAGGCGGUCACGACACGCACAGAUCCGCCGAGGCGGCCCUUUGUCCUACCCGCGAUUUGGUGCAUGUGGACGGGCGACAACCUUGGUACCUGGGAACACAUGGCUGUGGGUCUCAAGAUGGUUCUUGCGAACAAUGUCGGAGGGUUCAGCUUCGCCGGAUCUGACGUCGGUGGUUUCUUCGGAAACCCGGAGCCCGAGAUGCUCGUGCGCUGGUACGGACGUCGCGAGCCUUACCUGCUUGAUGAGCCAUACAAGAGCAUCCUCCGUUCGUUCCUCCGCCUGCGCUACAGUCUCUGCCCCGGGCUGCUCGUGAAGCCCAUCACAGAAAAGGGAGUGACCGAAGCCUCCGUCUAUCUCCCAGAAGACCAGGUCUACUAUGACUAUUUCAACUAUGAAGCAUACCGGGGCGCGUCCAAGGGCAAGCACGUCACCGUGCCCUUCCUCAUCCGUGGCGGAUCGAUCGUGCCCACACGCGAGCGUCCACGGAGGUCUUCGCUGCUCAUGAAGCGUGACCCAUUCACGUUGCGCGUUGCCCUCGACACCAGUGGUGCGGCCAAGGGCGAGCUCUAUUUGGACGACGGCGAGACAUUCUCCCAUCGCGAUGGCAAGUUCAUUUGGCGCGAGUUCAUUGCUGGCAAGCAGAACAAAGGUCUCCUUAUCCGGAGCACCGAUCUUGCUGCACAGAAGCCCGGAGAAGCUGUCGAUGGCGUUGCGCUGUCCACCUACGAUGGAGGCAAUGACUUUGCGAAGGACAUGGCCACGGUCAGGGUCGAGAGGGUGGUUGUGUUCGGCAGCGCGAAGCCGAAGAGCGUGCAGUAUACGCCUGGUGUCGCCUCCAACACGAAGAAGCAGGGGACGGCGAGCGUGCUCGUCAUCAAGGAUCCUGGCGUGGGCGUCAGCAGCGACUGGGAGAUCGUCAUCCAGGUGUGAGACUCUAGACUGCCUGCUUUCCAUUGUCCGACGCAACUUCUUGUAUUAUCGCUUUCCUAUUCUAGACGUGUUAUGCCAGACUCCAUGACAACCGGCGUGUGUCUACGCUUGAGUCGCAAUUCAUUUACAUGCACAAUGGUGAGUGCCAG